GGUUUGGGCGAGGCGAUGCGAGGCGAGGCCGGGCAGUCACUGCCACUCUGGACUCUGCAGCUGCAGGAGCUGGCGACUGGAGCGGGCGGCCGGCAUGAGCGCCAGGAAGCGGAGCUUCACCUUCGGGGCCUACGGAGGGGUGGACAAGUCGUUCAUCUACCCCAGAAACCUCCGGAAGAACAAUGGGCCGAGCCAGCUCUUCUCACACGCCGUAGAGCUGCCCCGGGUGGACUCUGCUCCCCCCCACACUGCUCCCCGCUACCCUAAGAACACUGAAUUGUUUGAAAUGAUUGAAAAGAUGCAGGGAAGCAGAAUGGACGAGCAGCGAUGCACCUUCCCUCCUCCUCUCAAGACAGAAGAGGAUUACAUCCCCUACCCCAGCGUCCAUGAGGUACUGGGCCGGGAGGGGCCGUUCCCCCUCAUCCUGCUGCCGCAGUUCGGGGGCUACUGGAUCGAAGGCACCAACCACGAGCUGACCAGCGUCCCCGAAACCGAGCAGCUGCAAUCUCCCACCUCCAAGGUCAAGCUGGAGUGUAACCACACGGCCAGGAUCUACAGGAAGCACUUUCUGAGCAAGGAGCACUUCAACUACUACUCCAUGGACGUGGCGCUGGGGCACCUCGUCUUCUCGCUCAAGUACGACGUCAUCGGUGACCAGGAGCACCUGCGCCUGCUGCUGCGGACGAAAAGCCGCACGUACCACGACGUCAUCCCCAUCUCCUGCCUCACCGAGUUCCCCAACGUCGUGCAGAUGGCCAAGCUGGUGUGCGAGGACGUGAACGUGGACCGCUUCUACCCUGUGUUGUACCCGAAGGCCUCCCGCCUCAUCGUCUCCUUCGACGAGCACGUCAUCAGCAAUAACUUCAAGUUCGGUGUCAUCUACCAGAAGCUGGGCCAGACGUCAGAGGAGGAGCUGUUCAGCACCAAUGAGGAGAGCCCGGCCUUCGUGGAGUUCCUCGAGUUCCUGGGCCAGAAGGUGAAGCUGCAGGAUUUCAAGGGGUUCCGGGGCGGGCUGGACGUGACCCACGGGCAGACAGGGACCGAGUCCGUCUACUGCAAUUUCCGCAACAAGGAGAUCAUGUUCCACGUGUCCACCAAGCUGCCGUACACCGAGGGGGACGCCCAGCAGUUGCAGAGGAAGAGGCACAUAGGCAAUGACAUCGUGGCCAUCGUCUUCCAGGACGAGAACACACCAUUUGUGCCAGACAUGAUCGCCUCCAACUUCCUGCACGCCUACAUCGUGGUGCAGGUGGAGAGCCCCUGCUCCGACAACACCCUCUACAAGGUCUCUGUCACAGCCCGGGACGACGUGCCUUUCUUCGGCCCCCCGCUGCCAGACCCAGCCAUCUUCAGAAAGGGCACCGAUUUCCAGGAGUUCCUGCUCACCAAGCUGAUCAACGCGGAGUACGCCUGCUACAAAGCUGAGAAGUUCGCCAAGCUGGAGGAGCGCACGCGGGCGGCGCUGCUGGAGACGCUGUACGAGGAGCUGCACGUCAACAGCCAGUCCAUGAUGGGCCUGGGCGGGGAUGAGGACAAGAUGGAGAACGGCGGCGGGGGCGGCGGGGGCUUCUUCGAGUCCUUCAAGCGUGUGAUCCGCAGCCGCAGCCAGUCCAUGGACGCCGUGGGGCUCAGCAGCAAGCGGCAGAACACGGUCUCCACCAGCCACAGCGGCAGCUUCGGCCACAACAACCCCGACGUCGCCAAAGCCACCGGCAUCUCAUUGCUUGUCCCUGGGAAAACGCCAAGUAGGUACGGACGUCGAGGCAGCGCCAUAGGGAUAGGAACCAUAGAAGAGUCACUGAUCGUUCCCGGGAAGAGCCCGACCCGGAAGAAAUCGGGGCCCUUCGGCUCCCGGAGAAGCAGCGCCAUCGGCAUUGAGAACAUCCAGGAGGUGCAGGAGAAGAGGGAGAGCCCAACAGGGACCCAGAAGACCCCGGACAGCGGCCACGUCUCCCAGGAGCCUAAAUCCGAGGACUCGUCUAACCAGAGCUCCCCGGAGAUGCCCACCACCAAGAACAGGGUGGAGGCCCUCGCUCAAAAGCCCGAUGCGCUGCGGGAUUUCUCCCGCUCCUCGUCCAGCGCCAGCAGCUUCGGCAGCGUGGUGGAGGAGAACGAGGGCGGCAUUGACGACGACACUGGCAUGGAAAGCCAGUCCUCCUCGGGGACCCCGCACAAGCGAGACUCCUUCAUCUACAGCACCUGGCUGGAUGACAGCCUCAGCACCGCCAGCGGGGGCAGCUCUCCAGGCCCCUCUCGGUCUCCUCAGCCAGACGCCAGAAAAUCUGGGGACCCGGCUUGUCCAGAGAUCAAAAUCGAGCUGGAGAGGUCGGAGCGGCACACACCCCACCUGAGCUGCUAGCCCUCCCUCCCCGGCCUCCGCGGAUGCGCGCUCCUGCCAGCACCCACAGAAGAAGCACAAGCUGAAGGACUUGCGGAGGGUCCCGCUCUUUGUCACAGCAGACAGCCUCUGCCCCAUCGCCAAAGCCAGCCUGCCGAAGCCUGCGUCCUAGACGGCUAGACCCACACUCCUGCCUGCCUUCCCGCUUCCAGGCUGGACAGCAGCUUCCCUGCGGCGCGGAGAGCCUGGGAGCAGCGACGACGUGUGAGAGGCACCCGCCACCGCUCUCCUGCUCCUGAAGCUGCUGCAAGACCUUAGAAGAGGGUGGCAAAGACCCCGCUCCUCUCCUGCCCCAUGACGGCCACCCAUCGUGCUCCCAACCCCGUCGCCAGCCCCCCGCCGGGUCCGAUCGCUGCAAGUUGCCGACGGGACUUGCAAACGAAGCCGGACGCAUCUUGCCCCUCCAGCUCUCGCCUGCUGAACCGUGAUGUGCCCCGCAGAGCUCUGGCACGGCCAGUCCUCGGAGGAGCCCUGCCAGCAAGAAAGCCACGGGCACCCAGGUGCCCGCAACCACCAGGUGACGCGGGACGGUAGAGCUGGGGCUCAUCCAUGGCAGGACAAUCCCCCCGGGCAGCUAGAUCCAGCCUCCUCUAGGCGCCACCUCCUCUGGGUGAGCUCUGCUCCCAUCCCAGCCUCAGGUUAGCUGACGGCAGGCCUGGCUGGUCUCCUCUUGAGGUCCUUGCUAGGGCAUUUCACCCCAGCCCCUUGCCAUGCCCGUGUCCUGCCCAGAGAGCUCACAGCCUCCAGGGGCAAAGGGGUCGGCCAGGGGGAAAGGCGCGGUGCGGCAGCUUGGGUGAAGCAGACCUACCCAGUCCCAUAGGCAGGGACACGGGCAGCAUCCAGGACUUCCCAUGACCUUUUGUAGCCUUGAAACACCCCCAGUUUGCAAGUCUCGGAAAAAGGGGGUGUCAUGUAGAUGCUCCCUCCCCGCUUGGCCUGAGCCCCCAUCUCCUCCCCGUGGCUGCGCAGGCAGGGCAAGGCUGGCCCCGAUCCCUGGAAGGCCGCUUACGGAGGCUAUAGCGGCAGCUGAUGCUCUGGGGGUUGGGCUGCGGCAACCAAGACCCCUCAGCAGCCCCAGCCCCAUUCACCAGUUUCCCCCAGCAGAGCCCACACCACCCAGUCUCAUCUCCUUGUCAAAUGAGGCCCCAAAGUCACGAGCCCCGCAGCAAGUGGGGGGGCUUUUGCCCCUGUCACAAGGGUCCCUGCACCCCAGAGAGACCCAGGCUGCUGUAAUCCAGCGCCCGCUGCCCAAGGGAGUGACCCCAACCCAGGGGUCCCCAGAAGCCAGGGAGUGGAGGGCACCAGGGCCACGGGGCUCAUGCCACCCUUUAGGGAAGGCAUCUCCAGCUACAGACGUAGGCACAUCCCCCGGAUAUAGGACCAAAGGGGUAAAACGGGUGGGGCGAGGUAGCCAGGGACAGGAGUGGGGGCAGCGCCUAGUGCGGAGGAUCCCCGUGAGCUCCGGUUGGGAAAGGGCCACUGCAGCGUGUUCACGCGCCCCCAGCUCUGGGCAGGCGUGGCACAAACACCCCCGGCCGGGGGGUGGGGGGGGCAGACGCAUGUUUAUCCCAAAGAGCCGCUGUGCAUUGACAAGACAAUCCUGACGAGACCUGCCAGAGCCAUAGGACUUAACCCCUGCAAGCCCAGCGGACACGCAACCUCCGUCCAGCUGCCCUGCACCAAACCAGACACGCAGCGUGUAGCAAAGCUGUCAGUCCACCCAGCCCUGGCACUGGCGAGACACCGAGCAGAGUUAUUUGAUGCAGGGUUUUCGGUCAGGGCCGUUGCUGCUUUCCUUCCCCUCUCCCCCCUGCAAAGUUUUCUUGCACAACUUCUGUUUUAAUGAAGGAUCAAACCAACCCCGAAGUUUCCAGCUUUUCCAGAACUGGGUUUUGCAACCAACAGGCUGAGUUUGUCACCAGAAAACAAACCCAUUUCUAUCUGUCAUCCAGACCCGGAGAGCUGGCUUCCCCCAGCCUGGCAAGGGGCAUUACAGGGCCUCCCAGGAGGUUGCUGGGGGAAGAUCUUAAUCCCAAAGGGCAUUUCCCACCAAGAAAAUGCUGCUGGUAAAGCCAUUUGGUGGCUGUUGCAUUAGCAUUUGUUUUAAAGCCACUGCCCAGGGGCUCCUUGGCACUACACUGGGUGCCCCCAUGGAUAAGGCCAUAGCCCUCCCAAUGCACUACAGAGCAGGGCCUCGUUCUCCGGUACAUCAUGGAUUUAGAGGGUGGUCUGCUGCUGAGAGCACCCUGGGAGCCUGCUAGCAGCUAAUGCAGGAUUACGUGAAUAUAUAGCCACGGGUACAAUUAAAUUCGGGGCUUUGUGUUGCAUAGUUGUAAAAAAAAACAAAAAAACCCACCCAUUCUCAAUGGCUCCCCUCUGCCGGCAGGAAGGUACGGCUCCAUGAUGUGUAAGUAACUUUUCAACUGCCUACUGUAUGUGUAAUACAUCCCGCGAGCGUCUGGGAUUCCUCUACGUCUGUGUUGUACUCAUUUUUUUUUUUUGAGUCAAAUCCUAACUUAAUGUUUGGACACUCGGGUUUCCAUGCCCCCCUUUCUUUUUUUAAAUCCGAGAUGGUGUUUGUGUAUCCAGUGACUGAUGUAUAAAAUAAAGUUCUAUUUAUCGCUAUUGUAAGAAGAUUCUAUUUGUAAAAAUGCUUUUUAAGAUAUACAGGCUCAAAAAAGGAAUAAACUGGAAAACCU